AUGGAAUUAGAUCACGAAACCGCCACUCCGGAGUAUAUGAAGCUUCCACAUAUUAAAUUCAAACUUUCGCUCACGCAGGAUACUGAUGCAAGUUUGAAAGAGAAACUGUUAUCAGGAAUAAUUGCUGGUAAUAUGACGCCAUAUUAUAGAAAGGUCUGCUCUGACCUAGGAUGGGACCUCAGGGAAGAUUUAAUAGAAGAAAUGUCGCAAAUAAAUGAGAAAACUUUAAAUGAAAUGAUUGAAGAAGAACAAGCUUCAGCAGUCUCUAUUGAAGAAGAUGUUGGGCCAAAACUGUGGCAAGAUAGAUUGGAAUACCUAUGUUCUAUUGGAGAUGUACUUGCCGCAACUGAAUUUAUCAAUAACAAACUAAAUGAUCCUAAAGAAAUAUUCUCUGCCAGACAAAAAUUUGAAUUGAUGCUAAGACUUUUCCGUUUAUCAUUUUUCGAUGAUGCCAAUCUCAUUGGAAUGAGAGACGCCGUUAAGAAGGCUCGAGACAUUGUGGAGACUACAACGACCGAUUGGACAUCCCGCAACCGUCUGUCCGUGUACGAAGCAUUAUACUUGCUCAGUAUCCGAAAAUUUGAUGAAGCCACAACGCUCCUCAUCGACUGUCUGCCGACAUUCGAAUGCUACGAGCUCUUGGACUUUGCUUCAGUUGUACAGUACACUGUACUUUCGUCAGCUCUAAGUUUGUCCAGACAGGCUCAACAAAAGAACAAUUUAGGAGGAUCUGUCGCGCAAGUUCUUUGCACUUCCCUGCCUUUGCUCAAAGAAUACGUUGAUAGUUUGUAUGAUUGCCGAUAUGGAGAUUUUAUGAGAUGCUUAGGACAGGUGUUCGAAAUGAUAACAUUAGAUCCAUUGCUCCAUGCACACGCCAAUUAUUACAGACAUGAAAUGCAAUUGAAAGCGUUUGCUCAGCAACUGACUGCUUAUCGAAGUUUGAAAAUUGAUGCUAUGGCUCAGACAUUUAAUAUGGACGCGGAAACUUUAGAAAAUGAAAUUGCCAGACUGAUCACAGCAGGUCGUCUUCCUGUGAAAAUUGAUAAAGUGGCAGGAUGUUUCGUAAGACCAAUUUGUGAUCAAGUAGAUGCAGAGAAAACGCAGAUGUAUCAAGAAGCUAUUCGCAAAGGCGAUUUAUUGCUAAAUCGCAUAAAGAAACUUGCACGCAUUGUGGACUUUUAA